AUGCCUGUUACUAAAUCUUUACCUAAGCUUCAAAAAAAUAUGAAGGGCAAGAAACAGACGGUUCACCCAAGAGGACGGAAGUUCAAACAGUUGGUUAAAGCUACUCUUCGUGAAGAAAAAGUUCAGAAUAAGAAACGGUCAUAUAACCAAAAGAAAUCCAGUGAACUCACUCGUAUUAAGUUUGUUCAGGAUAUAAUAAAUACUGAUGAUAUGAAAAAUGUAGAAACAUUUGACAAUAAAAUGACUUUAGUUAUUAUUGAUGAAUUUAUCAAUCGGGAUGAUCAUGAGCUCAAUGAGUUGAUUUCUAAAAGAAGGGCAAAUAGACCACCUACCAACAGACAGCAAAUGCUAGAAAACAAAAAGAAUGUUGAGUUAGAAGAAUUCAAAACUGGGUUCCUAUGCCCUGACCUAACGGAUGCAAAAAACGUCAGUUUCCUAAGAAACUGGAAUGGCACUUUUGGUGCACUAUCCACAUUAAAAUUAAUUAGGUUGAACAACAAAGGUGAAAAAGUGGUCGGAGGUAAUAAUCCAAAAGGGCAGUCUGACGACGUUAAAAUGGAGUAA